GUUUGAAUGGUUACAAACGUUCUCGUAGAUCAAAAAGCGUAUUCUUGCAGAAACUUUCAUAAUUACUGUAACUUCAUUACACCUGCUCGUCGACGAUAUUUCUUUUAUCCAUCGAUUCGACUAACCAUCUAUUAUGUUUACGUUCUGGAAGCAAACUCGUAUUUUGUCUUAACAUUCGUAACAAAACUGAAACCAAUAUUAAUAAAAAUAGAAAAGAACGAAAAAAGAUCAAGGACCACGAACAAACUUAAGAUUCUUAAGUUCCAAGUUUCUAUCGAGAUGGCUAGCGCAAAGCUGCGGGAAAUUGCUCUGAAUUCACCGAGACUGCUUUAUAAAUUUCUAUUACGCGAAUGUGAGAGGUUACCGAAGGAGGCACAACAGUUUUACAAACAUUCGAUUAAGCAGGUAAAUUCCACAGAGAUCCUAAAAGAGUGGAACAUGAUUCAGAGUUACAAACAGCAUGUAAUCGAAUCAGAUGAGGAACGUGUUCGAGAAAUCAUGGAAAAAGCAGUAAAGGAUGCAGAUUGGAUUAUCAAUAAAUAUACCAAAGGUAAAAAAAUUAACAAAGAGAAAUAAGAGCAAGAAAGAACUCCUUCAACUGUAUGUAGAUGUGUUUUACAUAUUUGUAUUUCAUUAAAAAAAUUUGAACCGUGUCGUUCGAAAGAUGGAGUUUAAGACGUUAAUACGUGGAGAAACUGGCGCCAGUUCGUCGCAGUUCUGGAAAGCCAUCGACAUUUGGUGUCGUAAUCCGCAGGUUGUUAACCGGAGGCUAUUAGCGUGCGUGGAAAUAUUGAAUAUAGAAAUCGGCUAUGAUAUUUUCGAAAUUUUCCAACGUAUCAAUGCCUUGGACUGCUCGUUCCUAACUGCAAACCACAAUGUAGAUGAUAUCUGCAAAAAAAUGUUAUUAGACAUGUUACAUAUUUCUGAAGAAGAAUCUGUUACACAAGGUAACAAAACUGUUUUAUACGUAACAAAGCAAUUGCCGCGUAUACCACAUUUAUUCUCUCCUGGCAUUGAAUUUUCACUGUUGGAGAAGCAAGAGAAUCGCGUGAUAAACAUUCACAAAACCUUUUUCGCGGAGAAACGGUCUCUCGGUCCCAGAAAAGGAUACAUGAUACACCAAGAAAAAGAUGGUUGUACAUCUGUAAGUGUGUAUCAAUCGAAGAACGCCGAACACGAUCCAAGUAUGGAAUGGUUAGAGAAGAAGCUGUUCCCGUGUAUGUUGAAAUGGAUGAAAAGCGAAACGAAGUCAAAUUCGGUGCGUCUGCCUUCGUUGAGCCUAGUGUCAACCGAAAAGUACGCGACGCUGUACUGCGACUUGAAAGAAAAGUAUAGCGCGAAAUUGAUCAAGAAUUGGCCCGAAAAUACGGAUCCCAUGAAAUUCGUUUACGAAGACAUCGCGAUUGCUGCUUACCUAUUAUUGUUGUGGGAGAAAGAGAGAUCGGAGAAAGGAACCAAGAAUUUACAAUCGUUUUUAGAUUUAGGAUGUGGCAAUGGUUUACUCGUGUAUAUCCUGUGCAACGAAGGUCACCGCGGGUUGGGAAUCGACUUGCGAAGGAGGAAAAUUUGGGACUUGUAUCCACCCGAAAUUCCACUCGAAGUCAGCACGAUCAUUCCAUCCUCAACGACCGUGUACCCAGGAGUCGAUUGGAUCAUAGGAAACCAUUCGGAUGAAUUGACACCGUGGAUUCCAGUGAUCGCCGCACGCAGCUCCGCUGACUGUCGUUUCUUCUUGCUACCUUGUUGUCCGUACGAACUCGACGGCACCAAGUACCAAAGACACUCUGCAUCGAAGAGUCAAUACUCGGAGUACAUCGAUUACGUGCGAAGCGUAUGCGAGGAAUGUGGAUUUGUAACGCACACAGACAAAUUAAGAAUUCCUUCUACCAAGCGAAUCUGUUUGAUCGGAUGGAGGAGGAUACCAGAGGACGUAGAGACAAGAGAGAAUCGUAUUCAAGAAAUGAUAAGCGCCAAGACAACUUUUGUUCGACAAAAGAACGAGACGAACGAAACACGUGAAACCGACGGAUGGACUUGCGAUUUUAAACCGAGGGCCACCGUGGAGAAAGUACGAAAUUGCACGCAGCUGGAUAAAACUUUGAUCGCGGAUAUCGUUAACAUGGUAGCGAAUCAAUUACUUGAAGAAGGUCGUGCCAUAUCGGUCGAGGAAACACCUAGGAGAACGUGGAACGCUGGUCGAUGCCUGGAGCUACGGCAAAUCGCGGAAUCCAUUCCAAGAGAAAUUAUGAUACGCUUGAGGAAAGAGUGCGGCGGUCUUCAAACUUUGCUCAAAAAUCACAGGCACGUGUUUCGAGUUGCGCAAGGGAAAGUCGAGUUUCGAAUUCCCGGAGGAGAAGGAAUCGUCGAGAAGUCGAGGAAAAAGGACUUUCUUCCACGGACAAAAGUUAAGCCCUGUUGGUUUCAUGAAAAUCAUCCGAAUGGUUGUCCCACUACCGAAACUAAAUGCAAUUUCAAACAUUAAUAUGAAGGGAUCGGUAGCAUUAAGUGCACGUAAAUAAAAAGCAGAAAUAGUAGGACUUUGUUAGUCAUUUAUAAUUUAUUUGCACUCGAUGCAACUAACUCCCUCGUGUUGAUUACUUUGGACUGAAUUAAAAUAUACUUACCGUACUUAUGUAACGAAAACAUUAAUGGCUUGAUGAUCGAGCAACCCUGUCAAUUUCCAACGUACAUUACACGAUAGAAAUUUCCUUUUAUUUUUAUACAAACACUAGCAAUCGAAUGCACUCUGUACAUCGAACACGACGAGUCUAUUACUCGCGGAUGCGCAAACUAACGACUUGUGGCUUGUUGUGUAUAAGAAAAACGUUGAAUAUACAUAUAUUAUUGUCUUUAUCGUUCAAUCGA